CCCAGCAGUGCCACCUGUUAGUGUUCAUCAGUUCCAGCUCUCAGUGCUCAUCCAUGCCACCUGCCAGUGCCCAUCAGUGCCACAUCAAUGCCACAUAUCAGUGCCUACCAGUGCACAUCAAUGCCACAUAUCAGUGCCUACCAGUGCACAUCACAGUGCACAUCAAUGCCACAUAUCAGUGCCUACCAGUGCACAUCAAUGCCACAUAUCAGUGCCUACCAGUGCACAUCAAUGCCACAUAUCAGUGCCCAUCUGAGCUGCCUUCCAGUGUCACCCGUCAGUGCCACCUAUCAGUGCCGCCUAUCAGUGCCAUAUAUCAGUGCUGCCUUUCAGUGCCCAUCAGUGAUGCCUGUCAAUGCCACCUAUCAGUACCCAUCACU